AUGAUUUCAUUUAUUUUGGAAGAAUUUAUCACUGACACUCUUUCGUUCCUUCCCGUGAAAUCUCUCUUACGAUUUAGGUGUGUACAUAAGUCAUGGAACUCCCUCAUUUCUGAUCCCAACUUCAUCAAAUUGCACCUUAAUCGAUCUUCACAAACUAGAGAUUUCACUCUUGUAUAUACCUCAGAUUGUUGUGCUUUAACCUUCACAGUUUUUCGUUUGCUCGAAAACCCUCCAAUCAUUUUUAAUCUUCCCAAAGAUCCUUAUUAUCAAUUUAAAGACAAGGAUUGUGUCUAUAUUGUUGGUUCUUGCAAUGGAUUGCUUUGCUUGCUCGGCCAUUCUUACACCAAUGGAUAUAGAGAGAUGUGGUUUCGUUGCUGGAACCCGGCAACGAGGACAAUAUCAGGAAAAUUAGGGUAUGGUUGUGACAAAAACGGAGACAUAGGUUUCCCUUUCAACUUUCCUACUAAUUUGACAUUUGGUUAUGACAAUUCAACUGACACAUAUAAGGUUGUGUAUUUCGAUCCUAGUGGAACAAAGGUAAGAGUUUUUAGUUUGAGAGAGAAUGUUUGGAGAAACAUUCAAGAUUCCCCUACGGGUACUCGUGAUUACGCCAUGAAUGUUGUGCAUCUUAGUGGCAAUGUUGAUUGGUUGACAAUUCGCAAUCAUUUCACUCGAUAUGAUUGCGAAGAUAUUUCUAUUGAACAUUUUGUGAUUGUUUCACUUGAUUUGGGCACUGAGACACAUACUCAGUUGGCACCUCCUAAAGGUUUCAAUGAAGUUCCAUAUGUUAAACCAAAUCUAAGUGUGUUAAAUAAUUGUCUUUGUUUUUCUCAUGACUUCAAACAAACACAUAUGGUUAUAUGGAAAAUGAAGAAAUUUGGAGCUGAAGAAUCUUGGACUCAAUUCUUUAAAGUUAAUUAUUAUAAUCUUCAAAUAUAUGAUCACUUUAAUGACUUGAAGUUUGUGUUGAUGCCAUUAUGCCUUUCGGAGAAGAGUGAUACAGUAGUAUUGAUAAGCAAUCUUGAAAGCAAAACUAUUCUUUAUAACUGGAGAUAUAACAAAGUACAGAGAAUCGAUAAACUUUGUUGGUUCAAUGACAAGGGUUACGUUGAAAGCUUGGUUUCAUAUUGUUGA